GAGUUUCGACAUCCUAGGAGAUAAAAAUGAUAAAGACCUCUGAAGGAUUUAUAAGGAUUUAAAAAAAAAAAAACAGAUAAAGAAUCCUCAAAUGAACUUAGAGAGUGUAAUUACCAGCAAAGAUGGAAUAGCAUCAACUUCUUUCAGAUUUUAAAGCAGAUUUUCAUAGGAUCAUCUGCAUAGAGUGGAAUUAAAAAUUGCAGUUCUCAGAAAAAAAGGGAAUAACAUUAACUUCUUCCAGAUUUCAGUGCAUAUUUUCGUAGGAGUAUCAUGUCUUUCUGAAAGAAGAAGCUCAUCAUGGGAAAAUCAGCUGAUUGGCAGAUAUUCAUGAAUUAGAAUGCACUGUUUUAAAUCUUUAAGAAUUACUUACACAUUAAGGAAGUGAGCAAAAUGAACAGAUGCUGCUGGUCCUUAACUCCAGUAUGGAAGAAAUGUUGGACAUUUUUCGUACCAGUUUGUGCUUUCACCAUUAUGGUAUAUAUAGUCGGUUUUAAUUAUUUUACUUCCAAGAGGAUGUAUGAUUUAAAGGAAAGAAUCAGCAAUGGAGAUGUAAGUGAAAAUUAUAGAUUUGAACCGCCAGAUGCUAUGAACAUCACAACAGAACAUACACCCACUCAACAACAUCCUUUGUUCAUCAAUAAUACAGAGAAUACUGGGGCCUUCCGAAAUUCACACAUAAUGAUAAGUACUGGUGUAGGGCGUUUAGGAAAUCGUAUGUUUGAGUUCGCAUCACUUUUAGGAAUAUCCAAACGUCAUAAUUAUAAACCUAUGAUUUUGCGCAGAAAUACGUUACUUCAGGUUUUUGAUAUUUCGCAGGUGACUGAUUCCGAACCUUUGAACUUGAAAGGUGUCGGGGAAAAGGGGGCGGGGGUAUAUGACAAAUCACUAGAAAAUUUAAGUCAUGACAAAAACUAUUCGUUAGGGGGAUUUUAUCAAAGCUGGAAAUACUUUGAUUUCAUGAAAGAUGAAGUGAAGAAAUCCUUCAAGUUCAAAUCUGGAUUAUUAAACAAAGUUCGACAACUGCAGACUUCACUGAAUAUUGGUGACAAAAUUACCGUUGGUGUUCAUGUUCGUCGUGGUGACAUGGGAAGCAAACGAGAACUGUCCCGAGGAUACAAUGUCGCCACAAAGGAAUAUUUUGACAAAGCAUUCCAAUAUUUUCGGGGGAAAUUUAAAAACUUAGUAUUUCUUGUUGUGAGCGCUGAAAUGUCUUGGUGCAAAAGCAAUAUGAAAGGUGACGACAUUAAAUUCGUAACAACAGGAAGUGCCGGGGGAGACAUGGCUCUUCUUGCUCAUUGUAAUCAUAGCAUUGUGUCCACGGGUAGUUUUGGAUGGUGGGGGGCUUACCUCGCAGGGGGAGAAGUUGUGUAUUAUCGAAAUUUUCCAUCCAGUGGCAGUUGGCUGUCAAAACAAUAUAACAGGACAGAGUAUUACCCCUUGCAUUGGGUUGGCAUGGAGUGAUUUCUGCUGAUCAUUAUCACAAGGAGUUUUUAUCCUUUAUUUAUGCUUUUGUAUGUUUUCGAGUGGCUUUUAAGUUUUAAUUAUGUGGAAAGUAUUUAUAUUUAAGG